AUGCGCCAGGAUGGUGCAAAGGAGCAGUUGCUGGGUUUCAAAAGUUGGGGCCAUCCGCAGCGUUGCAACGGACCAGCCAGGACCUUCAACCGCGUGCUCAGUGCCGUUGGAUUGGAGAGCUGGCACAAAGCAGUGCUACUUCUGUCAAGGGCACAGAGUGCCAUCGUCGUGGAUACGGUUUCCUUCAAUGCCUCAGUCCGCGCAUGCACGGACCUCUCUGCUUGGCAUUUUCCGAGCAUUUUGCUGAUGUUCAUGCGAUCCAGGAACCUGGCACCAGAUGCUUUCACUUAUAAUCUAAUGCUGCGAAGCUUUGGAGGUCUUCGAAGCAAGUCCUGGGAGUCUGCCAUCCGUGUCUUUUUUGAAAGUUUUUGUAGUAGUGCCGUCGAAUCCGACAUCGUUGGCUUGAACUCUGUGAUACAUGCUUGUGCAAAAGGGUUAGUUUGGAGCAUUGCGCUUUGCCUCCAUACAGUUUCAUCGGUACGUGGUCUAUUCGAGAUCGGCGGUCCACAGGGAGCCAAUGCUGCGAUCAGUGCAUGCCGAGACAUGGCUUGGACCGUUGCUCUUGUUCUUCUUAGUGGACUGCUUGAGCAGCGAACUGCUUCUGUCGUGAGUUACGGUGCCACCAUGGCCGCUCUUGACGAAAGCAAUUGGGCAAAAGCCUUGCACCUGGCAGUGCUCGCCGGACCCAGCCGCUACAAAACCGUCAUAUGCAACUCUGUUAUGUCAACGUGUGGCUGGCGUCGUGCGUGGUCUAUUCUCAGCGGCAUCUCAUCACCAAGUAUGGUGAGUUUCGGCAGCGCGCUUGGCAGCGGACGCAGAGGAGGAUCCUGGCCUCUGACAUUGUGGUAUUUGGUGUGGAUGCUGGCUCGCAGGUUCACACCGAAUAGAAUAACGUACAAUGCUGCAGUCGAUGUUUGCAGAAUGCAUGGCCGUUGGAUCCGGUGUCUUGCAAUCCUAAACUUGCUGCAAUUGCAGUCGAAAGAAAAUCGCUUGCACAGCACCGUCAUCUAUGCCUGCGAUGCUUGCCUUAAGGCUGGCAAUUGGCAGAGUUCGCAGGUGCUGCUAUGUCUCGACCAACAGCGAUUGGACGUGGUAGGGAGCUCACUGGCGAUUGCCAGCAGCUCAGCAUGGCCGACAGCGCUUACGACUUUUGGGAGCCUUCAGUCUCGACACGUGGAAGCUGGGUCUGCAACCUACCACGCUGUCGUGGCAAUCUCGCAGGAAUGGUCGGAGUGGCAGAGAGCGCAACAGGUUCUCAUCGCAAUGCAGAUGUCGCAGGUGCAGACAUCGCUGGCUACUCAUGCCACGGCCAUGCAAGCCUACAAGAAAUCUUCCAAGUGGGAUUUUGCAGUGCAGCUGUUUGGCGGUGGCUCGGAUGCUCUUCAGGCGGAUGCCAUACUUCAAAAUGCUGUCGUCGAUGCCUGGGGACAGCUACACAAGUGGCAAGGCACCAUGUUCCUGCUAUCAUCAAUGGCUUUGAGCCUGCAAGUUCCAGACCUUCCGAGCUUCAAUGCUUGCCUUGUUUCAUGUGAGAAAUGCAAGCAGUGGAAGAUGGCCUUGAGCUUACUGAACAGGAUGCGGGGCUUUCAAGAGUCUCAGGGACCACGCCCUGCGGCAGCGACGGUUGAAGCUGUGCUGGCUGCGUGUGAACGAUGCUCCAGAUGGCAGACCUCUCUUCUGGUGCUCGAGGCAGGUGUGGAGGCCUACUCCAGGGAAGAUCUCCUGCAGAGAGGCAUUGGAACUCCGGAAGAUGCCUUGGAGCUUUGCUCGGAAGCAGGCGCCGCGGCCUUCAAGUUUAAAGCACGGAGCAGCACACUGCAGCACAGGAUCACGAGGCAUGUGAGAGGGCUAGUCUCGCAGAAGACAAAGAUGAAGUGA